CGCCAUUUCAAGGUUAAACCUCCCGCCUUCUCACACAACGUCGAGCGGUGUGAAGGACAUCGUUCGCUAUAAGAUCCACCCUCCCCUAUACCUCUCCGUCUUGAGCUCACUUUCGUCGCGUCGACUGUAACGUCCUGCAUACACGCAUCAAAACCAUUUCCGAGUGGUUCGCUCAAUCUCCCCACCAGGAGCUCCUUCCUAGACUUUCCCCUCGCACGGUCCUGCCGUAUACGUGCGGCCUUAUAUCCCGACAGAUACACAUCCUAGACAUCACCUCCUUUCUCUCCGCAUAUACCCUUGUCAUUUCACAACUAGAUGAAACAAGACAAAGCGCAGUCUACCCAGAAUUCGCUUACGAUCUCCCUUACCGAACCAGUCGUUUUCCUGCGCACCUAUGAUAACCAACGUGUACGCAACUCAACCCAACCUUCAGGUGGUUCCCCUGCGGUGGUGCGCGGACUUUUGACCUUGAACAUCGUGAAACCUACACGCGUCUCGAGCAUUGAGCUUGAACUACAGGGAAAAGCCACAACCUCAUGGCCUGAAGGCGUUGGAGCGCGCCGCAUCGAGAUAACGGAGACACGCAAGGUGUUCUACGCCAAUACCGUAUUUUUCAAGGCAUCCGGCGCAACCAGUAAUCGACGCGCAGCGUCAAUUGGUCCAGGCCUCUUGCAUGACCUUGAUCAUGAUCUCCAUGACCGCGAGGAGGUCAGCCGGACACGUCCACCCUCACCCACGUACCCAACACCAGCAGCGAACUCGUCCGACUCACCCGAACAUCAUCCCUCGCUUACCCACGAGUCUUCUCCUCCACCCUUUUCCUCCGCGGCAGCCCAUACCCCACGUUCCUUGAGUGUCGAUUUCAAUGCCCUCCUCCGUUCGCGGAGCGGCGAAUCGACCCAGGCACAAGAAGUAACAGAUAUUCCUGGUCUGCUCCAUACCUCCGAACUGUCGCCGAGUUCUCCGCUAGAAGCACAGUCACCGUCCAACUCGACAGGAACAGCACCGAAUAGUGCAGCUUUGAGCGGGCAUCGCGUUUCUUAUAGCGCACUAUCGGCCACUGCAAGCACUCCAAACAGUGCUCCGCCUGGGAGCGGACCCUCCGGCUCGCCUGCUUGGGUGAACUUGCCUACCCCCAAUGAACCAACGCCACCGUACACUCCGCGUUCCCCACCUCAUUCAAGCCAAAGUCCUUUGACUGUCCAGUCGCCCACCGCUAGCGUGGAAGACUCGAGAUCGCGUUCGCCGUCACAGGUUGGGCAUGGCCUGUCGAACGGCGAAAGACCGGCGCAGACGCUCGAGGAGUUGAGGAGGACACUGAGGAACGGCCUCAGCAACGGUUCAAGCCCAGCGGCAUCUCGCCGGACAUCCUACUUCGGCUCGUUUGGGCAAAGUCAUUCUGCAGUGCAAUCCAGCGCAUCAAGCAUCCGCUCGACUCAUGAUGUUUCGCUUUCACGACGUCCUUCAUUUGAGGAUGUUCCGGAGGACGAUGUCGCGCCGGAACACUCGACGCGAGCCUCGUCGACAGUAAGAGGAACCACGAGUCCCGUCCACAGCGGUCCGGCUAGUCCCCACGAUGAGCAUCGCGGGCGGCGAGGCUCUCGGUUCUCCUUGGCGGCUGUAUCGAAUGUGUUCGACGCCAUGAAGGACCGAGUGCGCUCCCGUUCGCCCCGAACUGUCGAGCGCAUGCGCGAGCGAGAGGGGCAUGGCAAUGGACAUGUUGGGUCUGUAGAGCGAGGGAGAAGCCGCCAUACACCUGGGAAUGAACGAGACGAGCGAGAGAACGAGCCGGGCAAGGAAAAAGAGAAAGAGAAGCACAAGAGCAUGUUCGGUGCUAUGUUCGCCCAUGAUGAGGCGAAAGAUGGGGAGGGAUGGAAAGAGUUCAAGAAGGGAACUUAUACCUACCCUAUUUCGUUCACGUUACCUGCGAAUGCACCGCCGACCAUUGAAUGUGACUAUGGCUCCAUGGUCUGGCGCCUUAAGGGAGAAGUUCAUCGUCCCGGAGCGUUCAAGUCCAAGCUAACCACAUCUCGCGAGGUCCUCGUCAUCGCUGCGCCUGGCGAAGACGAGACCGAGGAGACCGAGAAUAUCAUCGUCGAGCGUCAGUGGGAAGACCAGCUGCAGUACCUCAUCGUAGUUUCGGGGCGAAGCUUCCCUAUUGGGGGUACUAUACCGGUCACACUGACCCUUAUGCCACUGGCGAAGGCGAAGGUGCAUCGCAUCUCAAUCUUCCUUGAAGAGCGAAUCGAUUACUAUACCCAGAUGAAGCGUGUUGCGCGCUCGCAAAACGAUCAUCGUAUUUCUCUUCUCUCUCUGAAGAACGCAACAGCGAAGGACAAGGAUAAAGACAAGGACAAGGACAGCCAGCCGAUCUUGCCGCUGCAGGGCGAUAGUCCGGACGAGUUUGCUCAGUCAACGUUUGCGCGCACCCUGCACCUCGAUCCAGAGGCUGCGUCGGAACUCGCGGCAUCCUUCAUGGGUCCCGGCCCGUGGACGUUGCAAACAGAUCUGAAGCUGCCUGGAUCGUGUGCGUUGCUGCACUUCACAAAUCGGAACCGGAAGAGCAAUAUCAUGAUUCAUCAUACUCUCAAAAUUGUGCUCCGCGUGGAGAGGGGCGACGGCGAGGUGGACCCGAAAACGAAGAGAAAGAGGCUGUUUGACAUUGUCGUGCAGACGCCGCUGCAUAUUCUCUCUUGUCGUUGCUCGCCCGAGUGGAUGUCUCUCCCGCGGUAUAGCGAGAUCCUCGAGCGCGACAUUUUGCGAGCUGCGCACCUCGCAUGCCCCUGCGACAUCGCUCGUGCCGCUCGGCGACGCCAGACCCCAGGUGUCCAUUUCGACGAGAACCACGGCGAUGGGCCUGCUGAGUUUGGGCCGAGCGCAAUUGACUACGCAGGGCGCGGACCGUACUCGCAUGAGCGCGCACGGGAGCUCGCACGUAUUGUUUCGGGUCGGUCGACGGACUCGAGCUCGGAGGAAGAGGCUGCCUCGGGGGGCGGGUCGGAUUUACGCGCGCAAAUCGUGAGCGAGACUGCGCAGUACGAGCGGCUGGUCGCCGGCCUGGUGAGCGAAGCGGGUGAGGAGCCACCGGCGUAUUGGAGCGUCGUCGAGGUUGCUGGGCGGUGAGCCGGCGGUAUCUUGGUUAUAUAAGGUGGAAAAAAGGGUUUUUGGGACUUGUCAUUUUUUCUUCUUCUUCAUUUCCGUGUGUGUUGUUUGUUGUAUCUUGCACUUCCACGAACUGUUGUUGUUUCUUCUAAUAUUUCAUGGCCAUCUACGUCUUAGAUUUUGCUUUAUCUUUAUUAGACUCAUUAUCUCGACACCUAUUAUUCCCCGUGGUUUCUUUGAUACGAGUACCACGUACUGCUUAGAUACCACACUAUCAUGAUGACCAUGCUUGCCUUUUGGACUUGGGUUCAGAUUCAGUGUAGCAUUAGAUGAUUGGAGUAGUUUGGAGGUUCCUUCGUUCACUCCUAGUGAUCUAUGAGGAUAUGAGCUGGCGUGGAUAACAAUGCAAAAUUAUAGAGGUGUACAAUGUGGGGUCGUUACGUGCGUGCAUCUAUGCGCUCUAAAUUAGUCUAAGCAGAUAUCUCCCAAAGCUAAAAUCUCGAAACCAGACCACGCAUUCACGUUAAUCAUCAUCUGGCAGCUCUCUGCGGAGGAACAGAUCAAUGGCAAACGAGAAAGCGGCAAACGCAGCUCCACCACCGAGCACGGCCUUGGGUCCCGAAUUACGUGCAAGAACGCCCCCCGCGACAAAGCCCGCCGCGACGGGGUUGACCAUGUCGUUCUUCGCCCUGUAUCCCUCGAUGACGCACUCGAUGCCUGCGAAGAGCGCGCCCACUUUUCCGAAACCCUUGCCGGAGCGGUACAUCCCCUUGCCCAUCUCUUUGAAGACCUCGCGCGCUUUUUGGACGUUGCCAAACUGAGCUGCCUGUGCUGCGCCUGGUGGGAGACCGGCAGUACCUGCGCUGCCUGCUGCUGUCGCUUGUGCUUGUGCGCGGAGGUAGGGGUCUUCGUAGGCGAAGGAGGCGGACAUGAGGGAGAAGAAGGCGCCGAUACCGAAGCCU